GGUGCUACUUAAUUCAGUAUCGGAACCAACACAGAUGUAAAACAAUGAGUUAUAAUAAAAUAGCAAUAAUACACUUUUUUUUUUUUCAAGACAGUCUUUCUCUGUGUAGCCCUUGCUGUCCUGGAACUCACUUUGUAGACCAGGCUGUCCUUGAACUCAGAAAUCCGCCUGCCUCUGCCUCCAAGUGCUGGGAUCAAAGGCGUGCACCACCACUGUCCCCGUGAAGUAAUACAUUAUUAAUAAUUAAUUCUACCUGGCUGCUGUUACUGCCCUCCACAGCCUGGUUUUAUCCAGUCAUUCAUUCAUUGAUGUCUAGGACUUUGGGCACUAUCUAAGUUUUAAACUCAGAGGUUGAGAAAACUCAAGAGGUAGGCAUCACGGCACAUGCCAGCGUUUUCAGUGCUUGGGAGGCACAGUCAGAAAGAUUGCAAGCCCAAGAUCAGCUGAGCUCCAUCUUUAAAACGUGUCUUAAAAUCGUGCCAUUUCCAGCCAGGCAGAGCGUAUUGUGCCUGUAGUCACAGCUACAGUGCAGGAUGAGGCUGGUGGACGGGUUGAAGCUAGGCGGUGCAGACCAGUUACAGACAGACCUUGGUUAAGAAAAAGAAGCCUGCGACAGGCGGUGGUGGUGCACGCCUUUAAUCCCAGCACUCGGGAGGCAGAGGCCAGCCUGGUUUCAAAGCUGUCUUGAAAAAACCAAAAGAAAAAGAAAAAAGAACCCUGCGAUCCCAUCACUUUGGAGGCCGAGACAGGAGGAUCUUCAGUUUUAGGUUAGUCUUGGCUUGGCUAGUGAGAUCGUGUUUUUUAAAAACAAACAAACCAGGAUUUGGGGGGGGGGGGGUCAAAUAUAAGUUUGAAGCCAGCGUGGACUACACCUGUCUGGGAUGGGGUAAAGGUUUAAUUAUUCCCACAAAUUUGCCAGUUAUUAUUCAGUGGUAGCCUGGCUGGACUACAGUGACCAGAGUAACACACUCUGCACCAAUACACCUGCCUCCUCACUUAGCCACACCAGAGCCUAUUGACAGCACUGGGUGACUGCAUUCCCAAAUCCUGGGGGAAAUGACAGAGCAAGGAAAGGUUUUUAUUAAAAUUUUGAACCGGUGCUCCUCCCGGUGGGUGGCGACCCUUCAGGCACACUCCCAAAGUAGGUUCUCUGCAGUUUCUAACAUCAGAAAGACAAUCUCUGAGCCACAAUCAACCGACGUGGGUUGCCUAAGUCUGAGGGGGGAAGGGGGGGGAAUGCAGAGGAACAGGGCUUUUGCUGUGAGGCAGUACCCAGUUUUUCUCCAGAGGUGUGAGAUGGAGUCCAGGAAACCAACUUUGCGCCCCCUCUGGCUCUGAACAGUCCCUAAUCCUCAGACACGCGCUGUCCUCAGGAAUAACUCGGGCUUCUCCGGAAGCAUCCAUUUAGUUCAUAGUGACCUUUGGGAUCAGGGGGCUUGGAGGUUUGGGGGUCUCGAUCCCCCCAGAAGCCUCCUGGGGGGGGGGGGGGUUAAGGCUGCCGUGCACCUGUGCUCACGCCGCCUCCCGCCUAGGCGGGUGCGCGCGCACGGAGAAGCGGAGAUGCUGACUCAGCCAGGCUUCUCCCAUCUCUUUCGCGCAGCGCGGAUGCUGGCGGCUGGUGGCUGCUGCGGCUGCAAACAAGGCAGCACGGGGAGGGGAGGCGGGGGAACACGACAGUGCACCGGCAGCAACCCAGCCGCGGGCUCCUUAGGGCCCAUUGCGGCACUUCCCCCCGCAUGCCCGGAAGGGGAACUGGCGGGGCGCGCGAGUUGACGAAAUUUGGGGGGGAAGUGGUCUCUAGAGGAGGAACUCGGGAUCCCGCGCGUGCUCCGCUCACACCCAAACUGGAAGGAACCUGUUCAGUCCGGGACCAGGGACGCGCGGGACCAGCCCAAACGCGCGCCUCCCCUGCCCUCCCAACCCCCCCUCCCCAGCCUCCUCACUGGCUCCCCAAAUCCUCAGGGCGCGGGCGGACCCGGGAGCUGCGCUCGGAGAGGGGGUGCAGGGGCGCACUCGGUCGCCCCGGGCUCGAUCGCGCUCCCGCUCGCACUGCAGCUAAGUGCCGGGGUCCGAUCGGGCCGGGAUCACACGGGCACGCGCGGAUGAGGGGAUGAGGGCGUCGGGCCAAGGACCCCAGAGGCGUCGGCGGGGAUGGGCGACCCGCGAUGACAGCGCGGUUACCUUCCGUGACCCCCAGCCCCGGCAGCCGGCAGGCGGGGCGCGUGCCUUGCGCGGCCCCGAUCCACGUGGGCCCGCGCGCGCGCACCAGGCCGGCCCCCUCCUUGCAGGCGCUCGGCGCUCCCAGCACAUGGUCGGCGGCGCGCCCCCGAGGCCGGCGGAGACCGGCUGCAGCCGAUCAAGAAUGACCCAAAAGAACUCGAAGCUUUGUGCCAGAGCCAAUGUGUAUACCCAAGUGCCUGAUGGAGGAUGGGGCUGGGCAGUAGCUGUUUCUUUUUUCUUCGUUGAAGUCUUCACCUAUGGCAUCAUUAAGUCAUUUGGUGUCUUCUUCAAUGACUUAAUGGACAGCUUUGAUGAAUCCAAUAGCAAGAUCUCAUGGAUAAUAUCAAUAUGUGUAUUUGUAUUAACAUUUACAGGUUUAGGGUACUGCUUUAGUUUCCUCCCAACUGUGACCAUUCUGUCGCAGUACUUUGACAAAAGGCGUUCGGUAGUCACCGCGGUCGCUUCUACGGGAGAGUGCUUCGCGGUGUUUGCUUUCGCACCAGCUAUCACAGCUCUGAAGGAGCAUAUUGGCUGGAGAUACAGCCUCCUCUUCGUGGGCCUUCUGCAGCUGAACAUCAUGGUCUGCGGCGCCUUGCUAAGACCAAUUAUUAUCCAAGGGCCGGGGCAAUCACCGAAAGCAGUCACUCUGGAGCCCCGCAGAGAAGUUCAGUACAUGCUUGAAAACGAGAAAACACGGACCUCAAUAGACUCCAUCGACUCAGGAGUAGAACUAACUACCUCACCAAAAAAUGUGCCUAGCGAAGCGAAGAUGGAGCAGGAAACCAGGGCUGAGCAACAGCAGACCCUGGUGACUGCCCCCAAGCACAGCCAGAUGAAAGCCCCGCUGUUGGACUUCUCCGUCUUGAAAGAGAAAAGCUUCAUUUGUUACGCUUUGUUCGGCCUCUUCGCCACCCUGGGCUUCUUUGCGCCUUCCCUCUACAUCAUUCCUUUGGGUAUCAGUCUAGGCAUUGACCCUGACCGCGCUGCGUUUUUGCUGUCGACGAUGGCCAUUGCGGAAGUGUUCGGAAGGAUCGGGGCUGGGUUUGUCCUCAACAGGGAGCCCAUUCGCAAGAUCUACAUCGAACUCAUCUGCGUCAUUUUACUGACGGCGUCUCUGUUCGCCUUCACUUUCGCUACCGAGUUCUGGGGCCUCAUGCUGUGUAGCGUGUUCUUUGGCAGCAUGGUUGGGACCAUAGGAGGGACCCACAUCCCGAUGUUGGCAGAGGAUGACGUCGUUGGGAUCGAGAAGAUGUCAUCUGCAGCUGGAGUCUAUGUCUUCAUUCAGAGCAUCUCGGGGCUUGCGGGACCACCCCUGGCAGGUCUGCUGGUUGACCAGAGCAAGAUAUACAGCAGGGCCUUCUACUCCUGCGCAGCCGGCAUGUGCCUGGCUGCCGUGUGCCUCGCCCUGGUAAGACCCUGUAAAAAGGGCCUGUGCCAGAAUUCUCAUUCAGGUGAGAACCAGACAGACCGGCAGCGUGGGAAGGCGUUACAGGACAUACCCGAAGACUUUCUGGAAAUGGAUCUUGGGAAAUGUGAACACAGGGCUCAUAUGAAAAUGGAUCCCGUGUGACACAUUUUCACGUCGUGGCUUCUAUGUCGCCUGGGAGCGGAGCCCCUGGGGAUACAGGGAGGGGUAGGCGCUAACCACUAGACCCCCACCUUCAAACUUGCAUGAAGGGAAUGCCUGUCUGACAGCAGGGCCAGCAGCUGUCUCUUCCCCUCCAGUCCCUUUUGCUUGUUCUUUAAGCCAAAACCAAAACAACCAAACCUUUUCCAUACAGGAAUCCAGCCCUGUUCCGUAGCAAUACAAAGAUAAGCGGAAGGACCUGGGGGGGUGGAGGCACCCCAGCACAAAAGCAAUGCCACGAACUGACAGACUGCUGUUACAAGCACUCCGUUCCUGUGAUAAACUACUAUAUUAUAAAGUGACAUCCAGCCCAAGUCACAGAAAUUAAUUGGCCAUUCCAAAACGACAAAAAAAAAAAAAAACCCAAAAAACAAAAAAAACCCCACAAUCUUGAACCAUUAAAGAUGUUGCUGAUUUUCAGAACUACAGGUGAAUUAUUUUUAAACGAUUUGAAAAUGAUUACUAACGUUUACAUUGACGAAUCAUGGCUUCUGGGUUUUCCGAAUACCACAUGAAAAGGAAGCUAUGCUUUAAAGCCAAGCAUUUGAUUAAUAUGCAAAAAAUUUAAACACAUAUAACAACUUGAACUUCAUAAACAUGAAGAUUAUUGCUAUUUUUUUCGUGGCCAGCCAUCACCACAAGUAUUUCAAUAGAAAUGAUAAAUUGCAUUCAUGUUUCCUAUUUUUCAUAAUGCAAGAAAUAAAUGACUGUUGUGUCUUUAACUUAAACCACUAUUUAUUAUUAAGUUAUUCUAGGAUGAUUAAAACGAUCAAAAGAAAGGGCCAGCGAGAUGGCUCAGUAGGUGAAGUUGCCUGCCACCAAGUCUGACAAUCUGAGUUCAAUUCCUAGGACCCACACGGUAGGUCAACUUCUGUGAGUUGUCCUCUGACCUCCACACAUGCUAUGACAUGCAUGUGCCUGCACACAGACACACACAAAAAUAUUUAAAUGUAAAAAUAUAAUCUAAUAAUCAAAAUAAAUAAAAGGUGAUUGGAGGUAUACACCACAUAUUUUUACCUCUGUUCUGUGGCUCUUUAAAUGCUUCAGAGAGCUUUUCUGGUCUCAUAAUGUAAGUUUUCCACAGCCCAAGUUGUAACGAUUCUUCAGGUGUUGUUAAAGGCAAUGUUGUGCUAUUUAAAGGGGAGGGGGAUAACAGACGACAAAUCGCCUCAGCUUUUACAUAUAUCAGCUAAGAAUACUUGAGGAUCUUCUUUGAUCAGAAUUAUAUUUCAUUGGAUUGUUGGAACAUUUCCAGUGGUUUUUUGUUGUUGUUGUUGUUGUUGUUAUUCGAUCUGUAACUGUUGUUGAAGCCUUUCUUCAUUCAUCUGAAAUGGGAGAAACGCAGCCGUCACCAUCACUGAGUUACAAGUUGCAAUUUCCAUCUUCUGUAGAACUUGAUUGCCCUAAGUUGCCAUGGGUACCGAGUGGUACCUGGUCACUGCUGCUGGUGAGUUACACUAUACAGAGUUCUGCAUUCUAGCAGAUCUCUACAAAGGGGGGGGGGGGGGUGCAGUGUGAGGGUGAGGGGGUCUGCUUCCUCGCCUGUGUGAUGGCAUCUCCCCGACAGGGCGGCCGAUGCCUGCUGCUCUACCUUUCUUCAUCUUUACUGUUAAGGACAACUCAGGGGGAAACGUAGAACAAGCCUAGUCUGGUUACAGGUACACACACAAGCUUGAAUCUUUUUCUCUGCACUGAGACGAAGGGGGUGUGGCUCAUCACCGCCUGCCACAUUCAAUACAGCAUCUUAUCAGCCAUAGAAAUAGGACAAUCUGUCAAACUUUGGGGAGGGUGAGUGACAGGACGAAAGACAACGUGUCUGUCCAAAAAAAAGCAGACUGCACCUGAAAUGGGAUGGAUGUAGCCAAGCUCGGUGGGACCCCUCCCCCACCCCCACCCCCCCGAGCAAUGCUUUAGUUUAGGCUCCUGGGCAGGUUUACAGAUGUAUGUGACUUCGGCACUUUAAAAGCUAUUUUGUACUACGAAUGUUCGAGACGAUUUAAUAUUUGUAACUGAUUUCUGAGGGAUCAACUCUUAAGUUCAAUCUAUAUACUGCAUGAGACAGGGAAAUGUAUGCCAAUUUCAGUGUGUGAACAAUCCGGGGGGGGGGUGGGCGGGGUGCAAAUGUUGGGAAGGAAAAAAACGAAAUACCACUACAGGAUCACUGCUCUGUUCUGUAUGAGUGACAUCCUGGUACUUAGGGAUUUACAAUAAAUUUACGGCUUUUUAUCUAAA